UAACAUGGUAAAUAUGGUGGUGAAAGCCUAGCCGUAGAUCAUCAAAUAGUCUCACCUGGGAGGGAGACUUUCACUAAAAUCCUCAAGAGUCAGAGUAACAGUUUCCAAAACGCCAAGAGAAAAUAUUCAACACAGUGAGAAAACCUUUGCAAUUGUCGUUUGAGGAGGAAACAACCUUCAAUCUUUGUCUAAUUACAUUUUAUUUCUUCUUUCAAGAAAAGAGAGAAAGAUCUAUUAUAAGGUCUCUCAAACAUCAUUUUCUUCACUGUAACAUACACCAGAAAAAAAAAAGAAACCAAUAUAUAUAUAUUAUCCCAUUCCCAACUAGUCUCUCAGAUAUAAUAUUACUGAUCAUCAUAUCCAUAUACAUCACUCUAGACCAGCUAGUCACCACUACUACUACUGAUCCACAUUAUGGCUCCAUACUUCCCAGUGAACUUCAAUGUUGGAGCAGUAAUUACUGUGCUUUUCAUCUUUUCCAUCACAGUUCUACCUCCCAAAACAGUGGGUUUUGAAUAUUCAAGACAAGAGGAGAGAAAAAUGGUGUUGGGUUCAAGACCUCCUCAGUGUGUAAACAAGUGCUUGAAUUGCAAACCAUGUGAGGCUACUUUGGUUGUUCCAAAUCACCAGAAGAAGCCCUUACAUACAUCCUCUCAUGGACAAGAUGACACCUAUUAUCUUCUCUCAUGGAGAUGCAGAUGUGGAAAUAAGCUCUACCAUCCAUGAUCUCACUCUCAUGUACACCUUGCUAGCCUAUUCAGUACAUACAUAUAUAUAUAUUUAUAAUUUGUUUUUAUGUAUUUUUUUGUUAUCAUCGAUUACUACUAAUUCUGGCGUUGUCAAUUGAGAGUAUCAGAUCUAUGUAUGUUGUGUUCACUUUAGAUUUAUAUAUUUAUUUUAAUGAUUUUCCUCAUGUAAAGUCAAUGAUUUUCCUCUGAUUAAUGAUGUGCUAUAAUAAGCUUCUUAAUUUAUU